GGGUUGAAGCCGAGCACCGUGAAGCUCGAGCUAUAUAAAGGCUCAGCUCCGAACGAUCGUAGAGCAAUCAUGCCCAAGCACGGCAAGCCCAUCUCUGCUGCUUCCUUUUCGUGAUGAUCCGAUCAUUGUUGUUACUCGGGCUUCUGGGUGCGUCGCUGCCCGCCCACAGCCACCCUACCCAGCCUUAUAAGGCUGGGCUCCGACGCCGGACGGUAGACUUAAACGCCUACCGCCUGAAGGAGACGGCCGAGUACACGAAUAAGGCUGCGGCAAGUACCAACCAGGCUGUGCGUCUUCUGAAGCGGGACUCCUACGUCGACACCGCUACUGAGCUUGUCAAGAGCGUUGUCCCCGGAGCUACAUUCCGCCUUGUCGAUGACCACUACGUCGGCAAUAAUGGGAUUGCCCACGUCAACUUCAAGCAGACGGCUCACGGGUUAGACAUUGACAAUGCUGACUUCAACGUCAACAUCGGUAAAGAUGGAAGCGUAUUCUCAUACGGCAACUCCUUUUUCACGGGCUCUAUCCCUGAUGAAAACCCUCUUAACAAGCGGGAUUUCUCAGACCCGACGCAGGCGCUCUCAGGGGCUACCAAGAUUUUGGACUUGCCUGUUACUGGAGAUGCGUCCGCGGAGGCCGUCGAUGGCAUUGAGACCUACGUGCUCAAGGGAACUUCAGGCGCGAUGAAAGACCCCGAAGCACGCCUAGUCUACCUCGUCAAGCCUGAUGGAAAUCUAGCUCUCACUUGGAGGGUAGAAACUGACAUCCUAGAUAACUGGCUGUUAUCAUAUGUCGAUGCGAGCACUAACGCUGAAGUCCACGGCGUGGUCGACUACGUCGCCGAUGCGACAUACCUCGUCUACCCGUGGGGAACAAAUGACCCUGAUGAGGGUAAGCGCGAAAUCGUAACGGACCCGUGGGACCUUAAGACAUCCGAGUUCACAUGGAUAUCUGACGGAAGUACCAACUACACAACUACGCGCGGAAACAACGGCAUUGCCCAAACCAAUCCAAACGGUGGGUCGAGCUAUCUCAACAACUACCGUCCGAACAGCGCGUCCCUCAAAUUCGAAUAUAAGUGGGAUUCAACUUUGACGCCGCCGUCGUCGUAUGCGGAUGCCUCUGUCGCUCAGCUCUUCUACACGGCGAACACGUACCAUGACUUGCUAUACGAUCUAGGAUUCACCGAACAGGCCGGCAACUUCGAGUCCAACAACAACGGCCAGGGAGGCAAGGGCAAUGACUUUGUCAUCCUUAACGCGCAGGACGGCUCCGGUACCAACAAUGCAAACUUCGCCACACCUCCCGACGGACAAAACGGGCGUAUGAGGAUGUACAUUUGGACGCACUCGACACCCUAUCGGGACUGCGCCUUCGAGGCCGGCGUCAUUAUCCACGAAUAUAGCCAUGGAUUGUCGAAUCGUCUCACCGGUGGUCCCGCAAACUCUAACUGCCUGAACGCGCUUGAGUCGGGCGGUAUGGGCGAGGGCUGGGGUGACUUCUUCGCAACAGCUAUCCGCCUAAAGCCUGGCGACACCCGAAACACGGACUACAGCUUAGGCGCGUGGGUUUACAACAACCCCGCUGGAAUCCGAAACUACCUAUACUCGACGAGUCUCGAAACCAACCCGUACCAAUACACCACGCUUAACACGUACAAUGAAGUCCAUGAUAUCGGCGAAGUGUGGGCCACGACCUUGUACGAAGUCCUAUGGAAUCUGAUUGACAAGCACGGCAAGAAUGACGGUCCCAAGCCCGAAUUCGACCAGAAAGGUGUCCCAACCGACGGAAAGUACCUAGCUCUGAAGCUCGUGGUUGACGCCAUGGCGAUCCAACCCUGCAACCCCAACUUCAUUCAAGCCCGUGACGCUAUCAUCGACGCUGACGAGGCAUUGACCGGCGGUGACAAUGCCUGCGAGCUUUGGACCGCCUUUGCCAAGCGGGGACUCGGUGAGGGUGCUGCGUACUCUAGCUCCAAGCGCACAGGAAGCAACAAGAUUCCCAGUGGAGUCUGUUAAAUGUAUUCCUAGCUGACAUUCUACGCGUACCUUGUUCUUCAAGACUACCUAAUGAAGAAACUCCCUCAUUUGAUGUAGUCCGCAAGAAGCGAUAGGGAAUACACAAGAAACAGUCGACUAGUUAUGUAUCUUGAAGCGUAGAAUUAAAUGGAAUAUUAAGGUCAAAAACAGUUCAUCUGACAUAUAAUAAACUAAGCGAAACGAUGAAGAUAAUCCUGAAGGUUAACUCAUAAAAAUACCCAAAGGCAAGUGAAGUACCAAGAAAUCAUGAUUGCGGGGGUGAGCCCUUGGUUUUUUAAGAUUGUCAACAGUCCACCAAGGUUCUCA